GGCAGGGUUCACCUUUGCACCCACAGCGGAGGAUUCAGAGUGUAUUCAGGGAAAGGACUCUUCAGCCAGCCCCAGGGCAAAGGCAAGCCCCAAGGCCAUUGCUGGCCACCUCGCUGCUUCUAGUUGCCUCCCUGACAGGCUCCAGCCCUGCCUGGUCUACAGGCAUUCAGCUGCAGUUCCUGAGGCCGAGGCAGGAUGGUGGCCCUGCCAGGGGUAGGACUUGUUCAGUCACCCCACCAGGGGGGAGACGAGUCCCUGGACAAGCAAAGGAGAAAGUGAAGCAAAACAGUGCUGGGACUCCAAGGGAGAAAAGAAAUGGAAGAGAAUUCAAGUGUGGGUCUGCCCGGAGCUGGGCCAGCCCAAGAGGAGGUGGAGAGCACAGCCAAGCAUCCUGUACACCAAGAACCUCCCCAAGAAUCUCCUGAGCACCAAGUGACCAGCACAUGGCCUGAGACCCCCUGCAAAUCAGAGGAGGACACUUUAGUGUGUAAGCCACCAGCUGCUCAUGGGGGAGAGGUGGCUCUGACAGAGUUAGAUAGCCCCACAGUGGAGUCUCCUCAGGAGACUCAAGUUCCUCAGGAAACUGAAGUAUCACUGGAAGAAUCUGGGGAGACAAAAAAUGAUGCAUCAGAAAGAUCUCAGGAAGAAAAUGAGUUGGACAGAGCCAGGCUGAUGCAAAAUGAAAUGGACUGUGCAGGACACAACCACGGCCUCCAGGAAGCCCAGGAGGACCAGGAGACAAGCAGGCAGUGUGAAAGCUCCGACACAGCAGAGGAAGAUGCUUUAUCAAGAAGCAAGUCAUUGAGCUCUGACAGCAAAAUGACACGUUCAGAUCUGAACGCCCCAGAAGAUGUCACCAAGGGCCUCUUGGCGCAGGAGAGCCCCAGUGCUCCUCUCCUAGACCAGGAGGCAGGAGAGCACACAGAGCAAGUGACACUGGAGAGUGACUACUCAGGCAUGUUAAGGAGCAGGCACGGGACUAAAGGACAUGCAGCCCCACAACCAGAGGCUCAGCGCUGCUUGCAGAACAUCAGUGCUCAAAACACAGAACAGGAGAAACCUACAGAGUCCCUCUUAGUGAAAGGUGAGGAAAAGGAGCUUCCCUUGUGCAUUACUCAUCGACCAGAAGGCCCCGAUCCUCCAGGAACAAGACUUGUCGUUCUGGGCCUCGUAUUUCUUGGCUUCUGCAUAUUCUGCUUCGGCAACCCAACCGCCAAAUCCCAGCCAGCCCCCAGGAACCCCACAGUGGAGGCCUUCCUGUCCCAGUUCAACCAGCUACAGGACAGGUUUCCAGGGCAGAGUCCCGACCUGUGGCUUCGCAGUCGCAAGUUCCUGCAGAAGCACCUCAACACAUCCCAGCACACGCAGCCGGCCAUCAUCAUCUUCACAGCCGCCCGCAAAGGCGAGCGGACCUUGCGAUGCCUUAGCGCCCGUGUAGCUGACACCUAUUCUGCCGCCCUGCGUGCCAGCACAGUGCAGAUCGAUGGCAAGGAUAAAUCCGGGCUCCAGAGCGACCAGGCCAAGCUGGAGGUGGACUCAGAGCUCAGCUCAGCUUUCCAGGCUGGGGACCGUGCUGCGGUGAUACAUCGCUUCGAGCUGCUGCCAGCGGGUGCCACCCUCAUCUUCUACAAGUACUGUGACCACGAGAGCGCUGCUUUUAAGGAUGUGGCCCUGCUGCUGACCGUGCUGCUGGAGGAGGAGAUGCUCGAGACCCACAUCAGACUCCAACAGGUGGAAGAGAGGGUUCGUGACUUCCUCUGGGCCAAGUUCACCAGUGCCAGGACUCCCAGCUCCUAUGACCACAUGGACUCUGACAAACUGAGCGGGCUGUGGAGCCGCAUCUCCCACCUGGUCCUACCGAUCCACCCAGUGCAGAACAUCGAGAAGUGGGGCUGCCACACCAAACCCUAAGGGCUUGCCAGAGCCCCAGGAAGGGUUGGAAAGCCAGCCUCAGAGCAGGUGGAGACAAAAAUGAAUGAAGAACUCACUUUGUUUAACACCAGUGCUGUGUAGAAUUCUCUACAGGUUUUUUUUUUCCUGUACCUUCCUGGAAGAGUUCAACAGGUAAAAACUGAUCCAGGCCUCCUGGCCAACUGAAGAUAAUAAUAGACUAUAUGCUUCCUUCUGACAGGUGGGAAAAGCUGAUAUUUUAGACUGCUAAUUGCACAGGAGCACGUUGCAAUGCAGGGAUGCAGGAAGGAAAAACUGCACGUUGCAGGAAGUAGAACAAAGCAAGGUAAAACUCACUAAACCCAACAUUUGGAAGUCAUGCUUCAAAAAGAAAAUAGAUUUGCUACCCAAGAGUUUGACCAGCCAGUCCUGGUACAUCUCCACUGACUGAUUCACACCUAAAAACCAGAUCCUAAAUUCAGAAUGUGCAAACAAAUCUGCAGUCCAGAAAUUCCUCAAACACCAAUGACAAAAAAUGUUAAGCUAUCAGCAUUUAAACACUACACAAAACAGGGAAUGGAGUGACCAUUCUGAAAGCAGAGAACAAGGAAACACAAAACACUUUGUUGUCACUCUGAUGGUGUGAAGCCCCGAGGCAAAGGGACGAAUAAUAUGGUUUAACUUAAUGCUACCUCUUAAAAAGUUCACUCUUGAUCCAUUUACCACCACAAGGCUACAAGAAUCUCUUUGGGCAGAUGCAUCAGCUUUGGUCCUACAUGAUUCCUUUUCACCCAGAUCUGAUGGAAGCCAUCAGAAGUGUUUCUACGUCAUUUGCCUGCACAGAGGGGAGCCCUCAGGGUUGGGACAUGAGCAAGCUGACAAAACACCUCCGUAAGCCAUUCCAUGGCCUUUCCAGGGCCCCUGGAAAAGCCCCCUUCAUGGAGAUUGAGAGUGUUUGCAGACCAGCAGUUCCCUGCCUUGCUUUCCCUUGUUCUGCCUGCCUCUCCCCAGCUUUUAUUGAUGAAUGUAGAUGAUAAUACUGAUACUUAUUUCAAGCCAUGUGAGACAGCACACCAGGUCCUUGCCACCAAAGGUACUUUUGCCUUCCUGCCAGGCAGGUGAUACUCUGGCUAACGUCAGAGCAACGAGGAGCAGACUGAUACUAAGUGGUAAAGAACAAAACCUAUGGCAUUAACACCCCAAAUCCUUAACUAAGCAGGAUGGAUUCUUACCGUGCCUCCUCUGCACCCCAAGAAGAGAAAUCCAGGUCCUGUACAGUCUCCUACAUGGUCCUCCUACAUACUGAGUUGCUGCAGGAGUGCUGGGGCAGAGCUGCUAACUCAGGGAACACCUAUGGGCAAGCACAGGUUGAAGUAUCUACUGUAACCUAGCAGCCAGCCCCAGGUGUCAGCCCCUUGUGCCUACAAUCAUGGCUACUGGAGAUGGAGCAGCUGGAGCAAAGCAUGUCUUGCUUUUGUAUGGACAACAGAGACUGAAGCCUUGCAGAGGCAGAAACUACACCUGAGCAAGACACAAAUCAAGAACAGUAUGCUGUUUAUACAAGCAGUUCACCCAAGUGCUCCAGACCCCUGUGCUGGCCUUUGGUGUCUUGCUGAUCUGCUCCACUGAUGGCUCAGCCAUCCACCCAGUGCCUGAAAUCACCACCUGAAUCUUCUGUCCUCCCACCACGUGCCUUGCCUCUCCUGGGAGAUUCUGUGGCCAUUGACUUGGAGGAAGGGACAAAGAGAGGGAAGAGGAAAGGGAUGCAAUUUGAACCAAAGAGCAGACAUUUGAUUUCUUUACAAUGCUGGUCACAUGAAGAUGAGAUCCAGGAGUGCUGCAGCACUUUAUCCACUACCCCAGACUUACUGAUGUUUAUCCCCCACGGCCAACAGGGAGCUGAGUUACCUUUGCAGCGUUGGCCAAGGAUUACACAUGAAGCAUCCUGUUGCAGAGGUUUUUACCAUGCCAAACACAACUAGACGUGCUACAGCCCAGCAUCAGCAGAGCAGCUCUAGGCGUGAUUUUAUACAAGAUAUAGGCAAGAUGCUGGGUGCUUCCUCCUCUUCCUCAUUUUUAUUGUUGUCCACUACUUCGGUAACAAAAAACACUGUUUCUGCUCUUCAUGGUUAAGUAUUGGCGCUGAUGUAAGAACUGGUGAAGCAUUAAUCGUGUUCAUAUUUUGAGAGAAAUCAGUAUUUUAAAGUUAUCUCACUACCAGUUUUAUAUACCGUGUGAAUAAUGCAUAGUCAGGGUAUGCAGUGGCAACUUCAUGCUGCUUGGGUACCUCGCUGUAAGCAUCAUCCAGCAAAGCUGUUCUAAUACAGAUACAUUUUUAUGACCUUUUAAAGACCAAAAGAAAAAAAAAAAACAAACAACCCUGCUUGCUUCUGAAACAAGACUUCUAUUUAAAAAUAAAUGAGAUUGUGAAAGAGAGCAGCAAAGUGAGGCUGA